AUGAGUGAGGAGAAUAAUAAUAAUGAAAAUAUGUCACAUCGUUCAUCUGUCUUUGUACCUUUCGAGUCUCUUACACAACGAGUUAUCAAUUCUAUAGUUUCAGUUGCAACAACAUUUCGUAAGCCUAAUUUUGAUUACAGUGAACGUACGAUUCUCAUAUUUUUGCUUGAAAUAAAUAAAAAACUAAAAGAGAUUGAAAAAAAAAUCCAAGAAAAUAGCACAGAAAUCGAUCAACAAUUGAUUCAAUAUGCACAAAAUGUUCGAAAAUGGCUCGUGGAUAUAAAUAAACAAUCAUUAAAUUGGAUAGAACUUGAAAAGAAAUAUAGUAGAAUUGCCAAUCAAAAUUGUGAUGAAAUGGCUCGUUAUUAUGGAUCUAAUAGUGCCGAACCUUAUUUUGAAUUAAAUGUCAAAACUGUAAGUUGUUGA